GUUAGCAGCAGCGACGGCAGCAGCAUUGAAAGAGGAGAGAGCCACGGAGACAAGAUGUAGUCGCGUGAAUGAAUGUGUAGCCUUGCAGCAGCCGUCCUUCUUUAAAUGUGGAAUUACUGAACAAAAGAGGAGGACCGUUAUUCCGCAUCUGCAAUUGCCAUUUUUCUACCUUCCCCUUCAUCGCUCGUUUUCCGCCCUCCCCUUGCGCGUGUUGUCGUUUUCGACGGAGGCUAGUGGCAUAGCCGGGGAGGAGGGAGGCUGGCACGGGCUUGUCUACAGACUGAGAUCACCAAAGCUUCGAGGUCACGUCAGAGGCCAUUCUCUUUUUUUCUUCCUUUUUUCCUCCCCCUUUCCGUUAUUCCUUACUAGGCAGGCCUUUUGUUUUUCCGUGGACUUGUCCGAGGGGAUGCCGUCACGCUGAAUUGAGCUAUUGUUGGACAGGCAGGCCUCUCUCUCUUUCUCCCUCCACAAUACCCUACCCUCCCUCCUUUAUCAUCCUCUUCUCCUGCUCUUGCUGCCACUUGCUAAGCCAUCCUUCCAUUGCGAUGCACCUUGCUUAAAUUCGUAUGUGUAUUCAUCCGUACAUACGCACACACCGUCCAGAACCAUCUCCACAUUUCUUCUCUCCCCCCCUUUUCUCCCAUCCCAGCGGUGCCUCCAAGUUAGCGAUGUAAUGUGCCCUUUGUGGCACGUAAAUCCGGAUGUUUGGCAGGUGGGUUGGUGGGAUUCGUUCCAGCCAGGGGUGAUGCCUCAUAGGACAACCCAGACCAGCGCUCCCACGCCCACCUCCAGUCAGCCUGCCUGUCACUGAGCACGCCUGCCUGUGCCACCACGUGUCACCCCCGGUUUGUGUGUGUGUGUGCACGCGCGUAUGUGUGUAUAUGUGUACGCACGUGUGCAUGUGCGCGAGCACCUUUACCAUGACUCUGGCCUGAUCCCUGGACUGGGGUGUCCCCUGCCAAUGUGGGGGAGGGACUGAACCUCAGGUUACUCCCCAGCCCCUCCCUCCCCUUACCCCCUUCCCUCCCCCCCUCCCCCCCAAAGGUAACCUGUCUGGGUAGGCCAGCAUGAAGAAAACCCGCAGCACCAACCUCAGGCGGGCAUGGCCCAGCUCGGAUCUAUCGGAGCGGGCCUUGGAGCGCAUCCGCUCUCGCAGUGAGAAGGACUACCACCUCCAUAAGCACUUUCCACCACCCCCUCCUCCAUCCCACAUCUCCCCUUCUCCACGGGGCUACAUGACACCAGGUGAUGUAUCUCCGAUCAGUAUGUCACCCAUCAGCCAGUCUCAGUUCAUCCCUCUGGGAGAGGUUCUGUGUCUGGCCAUCUCAGCCAUGAACUCUGCCCGCAAGCCUGUCACACAAGAAGCCCUGAUGGAGCACCUUGCCACCUGCUUCCCAGGUGUACCCACUCCGAGCCCAGAGAUCCUGCGGCACACGCUGAACAUGUUGGUACGGGAGAGGAAGAUCUAUCCCACGCCAGAAGGUUACUUCAUUGUUACUCCACAGACCUACUUCAUCACCCCCUCCCUCAUCCGUACCAACAGCAAGUGGUACCACCUGGAUGAGAGGCAUCCAGAACGACAGCAACAGCAACAACAACAGCUUCAACCGCAGCAACAGCCGCAACAGCAAUGCACCUCAACACAAUCUGGAACCAUCACUCCCUCCACCUCUGGCUGCGUGCGAGAAAGACCAAACCCUAAGAACCACUGCGACUCCUAUAAUGCAUAUCGUGAUGAGGUGCCCAGCAUACAUUCCUCCACAAUUCAAAGGAAGUCCCCAAAAGAACCCAAAGGAGAUCCCCCUUCAUACCCACAACCCCCACCCCCUCCAGCUGCCAUUCAGCACCCCCCUGACCCCACAGACAAGAGCAAGACCAUGACCGCCACCUUUUCUUACAAGACAGACACACUAACCAAGAAAAAGGAAGGCACUGGUGGAGGCAGCAGCGAGAGACAGUCGAAGAAGUUUGGGCUGAAGCUAUUCCGCUUGAGCUUCAAGAAGGACAAGACCAAACAGCUGGCCACCUUUUCAGCACAGUUUCCUCCAGAGGAGUGGCCCCUGAGGGAGGAGGACACACCGUCAUCUGCAGCCAUCCCUCGUGAGGUGGAGAUGGAAAUCAUCCGCCGCAUCAACCCAGACCUGACGGUGGAGAACGUGGCCCGUCAUACAGCUGUCAUGAAGCGGCUGGAAGAGGAACGUGCUCAGCGCAACAAGGCCAGCUCAUCUGCACAGCACAGUGCCCGCAGUCGCCGCAGCCGAGGCCACCGACGUGUGCCGCAUGGAAAGUCACGCUCACACAGCAAGACGCGGGCUUCUCGAGGAGACCCCUUGGAGGGCUCUAAUCUGGACCUGCCUGCAGUAGGCUUGGAGAGGGACUACCGUUUUUUCAGUCACUCACUGGUACGCUCGCCAAGAGAGGGAAUGUACACAGUGGAACGCAGAAGUGGUGGUGCCUACCUUGUCCACAGCAACCCCAACAUUGCUGAGUCACACUUUCCUGUUACCCCAGAGUGGGAUGUAUCAGGGGAGCUUGCAAAGAGGCGGACAGAGAUGCCUUUCCCGGAGCCUUCACGUGGGACAUCACAUUCAAGGGUGCACCGUAGCCAUAGCCACACACAGGACCGAAAGUCACGCAGCGAGCGGCCUGAUAAGGCUAAGGAGCGAUCGCGUUCUAUGGACAACUCCAAGGGCCCACUGGGAGGUGGGAGCUCUACACUUGGCAUGACUGAGAAUUAUGACCGCAGUCCUGAUGACAGAAGCCGUUAUUAUACCGAUGACGGGACGCUGAGGGCCUCCUCGCAAAAGGCCCCACACUACUCGUGCAUCAUGUUUUCUGCAGCCAAGUUCAGCUCGGAAAUGUCGGUACAUGAUAUGGGCAAAUUGAGUCUGGAUGAAUCAAGGCUCUGUAGCCCUCUCGAACGGAACAAGAGCAGGGACAGCCUGCCAGCCUACAGUGACCUGAAGGCCCUGUCACCAAAGCCUUUGGCUGAUGACUACUUCCAGUGCAAUACAUCGAAUGAAACAAUCCUUACUGCCCCACUGACUCUGGGCAAAUCUGACCAUGACACUUUAACUCCAUCUGACGGAAUUCGUAAGGGCUCUCCUGCUGACCGGCAGACACCGCACCUGACCUCUCCACACCCUAUGGAGUACAAAGAAGACUCCUCCCCCAAGGUGCACAAUGGUUCUGGCAAACCCACGCCAAGCCAGACACCUGAGCCUAUGCCCAGUGGACGUUUGAUACAACAUCAACACAAUACUGACCCAGGGGGCGGGGGAGGUAGUGGUAACACUGGUGGUGGGGUGGACAAACGGAAAGAGAUUUUCAGCAAAGACACUUUGUUCAAACCGCCACACAAUGUUUUGACUGUGAGCUAUGUGGACAGUGGCUACUCAAAGUCAGGCACUUUGCGUAAGACUCCUCACAUGAAAUCAUCCGAGGUCCUUGACACUCUGGAGACCCAACAGCCAACCAACUCCACCCCUUUGUCUGCUUCUGCCCCAGCACCUAUAGGCACAGAACAAGGUGCUCCCUCAACAUCUGAGGCUGCUUUUGACUAUUACAACGUGUCCGAUGAUGAUGAUGAGGAAGAGGUGGAGGAGGCCUCCCACAAAGAGGCAGCCCCAACAGAGGCAAAGGGGCGGACAGGAGGUGGAGAGUGUGGCAGCGGAGGAGGAGGGACCAUGCAGUGGUUGCUAGAACGGGAGAAAGAGCGAGAUCUUCAGCGGAAGUUUGAGAACAACUUGACUCUGCUUAGCCCUAAGGAGAGUGAGAAUAAUAACAGCCAAAAGUCGGCUCACUCAGCACGGCUGGACAGCAUGGACAGCAGUAGUGUGACAGUAGACAGUGGGUUUAACUCCCCUCGCACACGGGAGAGCCUGGCAUCCAACACCUCAAGCAUAGUGGAGAGCAACCGCCGACAGAAUCCGGCCCUAAGUCCAGGCCACAUGGGUACCACCAGCAUCGGCCCCCCAUUCAGCUUCCGUGCAAUCCCAGAGCCCCCUACCACGCAACCUGAAAAACUGCAGAAAUCCCCUAACUGCCUUGCCUCCAUCACCAGCGUCUGACAUGGGCACACCUGGGGUGACGUAGGGUCAGGGUUAUCUGCAAUGUUGGGGUGCCUCAAUGCAGGAGGUUGGGUGACUCCCUCCAUCAACCACCUCGGCUACAUGGGGACUGUUAAACCCACAGGCAUGGCUUCCAGAGACUGUUCCCACAGCAUACAAGAAGGUCACAGCAAAAGAAGAGAAAAAAGGGGAAAAAUCAAAAAGGAAAUUUCUCAUCAUAGGAUUAAUCUUAACAAGCAAUUAAUCAGGAAAUUUUCCUGUCGGAAUCAACCGUUAUGUUCAAAAUAGUCUUGAAGUAACUGGUAAUUUAACAAUGUUUUAUUUUCAGGAUAAUGUUUUUUUUUUUUUUUCAUUCAGAUUAGAUCAUUCUGGCAAUGGAUUAAGUUUGCACGCAUUAAGAAAUAGAUGCUGAUGUGCAGGUCUAUUGUAUUAAAGAUUAAGAUUUGUUAUAUUGGUUUACUUUUUUUUUUUUUUUUUAAAUGAGACGUAAAAGCUCUUUAUCUGAGCAUCAUUUAAUUCAUGAUUCAUAAAGUUGUAUAAUAUUCCUAAAAAUAAACCUAUUUGUCAUGACACUAUUAGCUACAUUGGUGAAACAAUAAGAAUCAUACUCACAUGCUUAUUAAAAGCUAUACAUAGACUUAAUUACUGGGAAAAUAAAAAAAAGAGAUCUCAUUCUGAAAUGAAAGGAUUUAUUUGGGAAAAAGGAUUAUUGUUUUUAUUAUUAUUAUUUUUUUUUAACCCAUUCAAGUACUUUGUGUGCAACUUUACUUAAUCGAUUUAUCUGUUUCAUUAAAGUUUAUAUCCAUAUUUAAUCUCAGGUCAUGAAUUGUUACUCUCCUAAGAAGAGGAAAAAACAUCAGUCAUCGUUUGGAUCGUUUUGUUUCUUAAGGGAAUAAAACGCACUCAUAGUAGACAAAAAUGUAAAUUAUUUAAAUUGAAUCAUGCUUACGCAUAAAUUUAAUUCAGUGUGCAGGUUAUUUUUUUAAAAUAUUUUAUUCCCUUUAGAAAUAAUAAUAAUAAUUUUAAAAAAAAACAGGCGUACGUUUUACGCCAGUCUCAUGAACCAGGACAUUUGUGGAUGUCAUUGUUGGUUUGGAAACAUGCUUGUCUUCUGUGUAGCUUGAUGGCUCUAUUUGUUGUUGUGAAACGGGGAGGAUGUUGGAAAACACAAUGGCGGGAACAUGGGUGUUGUGUCCGUAACAUCCAUAAUGCUCCAUGGAAGUGUCAUGAAGUUCUCUUCCUUUGGGCCAGCGGGUUUCAGAGACUCGGCCCUUUUGCUGCUCCGAUAAAACCUUUAUUUUCUAAUAUUUUCAUACUUGAGUUCAAUCCAAACCACAGUGAUGUUUUAUUUUCAACAGGUUCUUAUUGAUUUUGCUUGGGAAUUGAGCUGUUUUUGACCAUAACUUGAACUAUGUCCCUGACCUGAACAAAAGUAUGGUCGACAGCUGAUCUGGUUUCAAAUUUUGCCACAGCCAACACAUUUUAUGUAUAUUCACAAUCUUCUCAUGUUUUCAGUAAAUGUUUAAGGUUGGAACAGAUAAUUCAAUGAAAGUAUGUACAAAUACUUUGCUUCACUGGUAAUUAUCAUUCCUUCUAAAUGUCAGAGAUCAACAUGGAUUAUCAUACAUUUUGACCUGCCUUGUGGUACAUUACGCUCAGAUCCAUGAGCAAAAGCCAGUUUUCCAAGAUUGAAUUAAACAUUAAAAUAUUUGCUUUGAACAUUUGGACUAUGGCUUUAAAUGUUUUGGUAUGUCAUCUCAAAAGCGCACCAGAACUAAUGGUCUUUUUCCUUCUGGCAGUGAGUGCAUUGGGAAAAAGAGCAGAGCUCAUGUCAAAUCCAUUGGUGCUAUUAUGUGAUGAUUCACCCCCUCUUUUUUUUUUUUUUUUUUUUUUUACAUUUUAUUUGUUUCUUUGCCCAUGUCCUCCAUGGUUUCAUUGCUUUUGGAUGAGUGUUCAGGUGGACAUGCUGCAGUGGGACUUCUUGUUGAUAUUUGAAUCAAAGACGUUCACCACGUUCAGCUCGCUCCGUCUUACUCGAAUAUUAUCCACACACACACACACUCGUACAAUCAUCCAUGCAAACUACCCUAAACCCCACAUACAUGCACAUAACUAGCUACCUCCACCACCUGUGUAACAACAAGGUAGGGACGUGUACAGAUUUUGAUUCUUUGCCUGUGGAACACAGCGCUAUCAGCCUCUUCUCUGUGAAUGUUGACAAGGAGCGGCGGACAUUGUAACUAAGAAGACUUAUUCUAAAAUAAUCAGUAUUAAGUGCUGUAGUUUCAUCUCUUUUUCCUCAGUUUUUUGACAGAAGUGUCUUUUACUUAUUUACAAGUUGUGUAUAAAUCUGUCAACACCACAUCAACAAAACAUUGCCAUUUUAUUUUUUCCCUCCAGUUUGUGUAAGCAGCCAUUUUUAGUUCUCUGCUGUCCUCUUUACAUGAAUAUCUGUUUAUCUAGUUCAUGACUUCAAGCUCAGUGAGGAACCAUUUAAUUCAUCUAAACUAAAGAAAGGGAUGCAUAUACAUUCUAGAUUCCAGAUAAUAUGAGAUAUAAUAAGAUAUAAAAAGGCGCCUCAACCGAUUCAGAUUGAAUCACAUAGGGUUUCUUGCAUUCCACAAACUUUGUCCAAAUAGAAAAUAGUUCACUUGCAGUGUAAACUCUCACAAUGACCUUCUACUUGAUAGCAAUAGUAUUGCUUUCAGUUUCCCACCUAAUAAUUGACAUGUCAGUGGUUAGGGUCCAAGCAGCCUCUUAGACCCUGUAGUUGGAGGUGGGAUGAAGAUUGUAUGAAAGACAAGAGCCUCAGAUUCAGAGGUGACUGUAUAUCAUUCCUAGACAUCAUAAAUGUACAUCUGAGAUUAACAUUAGACAGAGUAGGCACUUCAUAACAUGUCAGCUCUGAAAAUGAUUCUUUCUCAGUUCAUUGUGACAGAGCUUUACUUUUAAUCACUGAUUUAAGUCCAGAAGUAUAUUUCAGUUAAGUGAAGUAUACACCUCAACUCUCUGUUGAAAUCACUUUAGUGUUUGAAUAAUUUUCUGAUUGGCAUCAAUAUAAAAACAUGACCUCUAUUGGUAAGGCUCUGUCAGGGGAUGCAUUUUGGUCUUCUGUCUAAUUUGGUGAAAUUUUGUUAUAAUUUCAACCCCCUCCUUUUUUUUUUUUUUUUUUAUUGCUUUUGUUUUUGAUAGACAAAAGGGAGAAAUGCAGCCAAGACUGCCUUGUAAAAAAAUAAUGUUUGCACUGAAAUGCCUGGCCUCUGGUUGCUGUUAAGUCCAUCCAAGACAGAUGCUUUGUUUAUAUUGUAAAAUAUUUCAUAUAAAAUAAAAAUGACCAUGAAAUGUCUUCCCUUAACAUUAUGGAUUUUAGAACCACAUCAGACAACAUUGUUUCUAAAUGGUGACAGUGUACAGUAUCACACUGUAAAUUAAAUCAAUCUGCCAUGCUUAGUAUAACUUCAAAAGAAAACUUAAAGAAACGAGGGAUCUUUUUGUAAUGUCUAUAAUAUUUGAAAAGAAGUCCCUAUUUGUGUAGUAAUGGUGUUUCAUCGUUGUGGUAGUGUAUGUGAUAAACCCAGUUGGGAGAUUGUGUUACUUUUUAAGACAAUAAAAUAACAUGUUUCGUUA